GGUUAAUCCCAGACGACUCAUUAAAGAAGAAGAAACACGGUCCAUUCCUAUUCAACGUCACGUAUUCACAAACCUUACUCGUUAUCAUGCCGUCCCAUUCCUAUCUAUAAAUUGCUGAAGGGAAAAGUUAGUCAUGUGGCGGCGCUCACGCUUCUCGAUUUCCCGAGGUCCAGAUAGAUGCUCAUUCGUCAAGACCUCCGCCGAUAUCAGGCAUCGAUCACAUGCAUGCCUCGUGUGCUUCACGAGUCCGCACGGGCCUCUGUCUCAUUUCUUCUAUAAAACUCCAAUCCCCGCUGCCAACCUGUCUUCUUUUCUUCAUGGGGUCGAAACAGUGGAGGGGGAUAAACACGUACUCCGAGAGAACUCGAUGCUUGCGUGUGCCUCUGCAGCAAAAUCGAAAUUUGCUGCGAUUCAAGCAAUGGUGGUGGAUUUGGUGGGGUGUUCAACUCCUUGUAUUGGUUCCUGUCAUGGAGUGGUGGGGAUGUGGUGCAAGAACGUCUCCUGGAAGGCAAAAUGGAGUGGUGGAGGAGGGUGGUGGAUCAACAAGAUCGAUCCCAACUUGCGAUGCAAAACGGGUUCGUCGCGAACAACGAUGGAGUGGAGUGGCGGGUUUGGCGCUCAGGAUAAGGAGAGGUGUGAUGAUGCUCACUGACAUGCGGGCUUGGAGAUGAUGGGUGUAUUUUUGAGGUGGUGUUCAGGGGUUGGAGGUAGUAGAGGAUAUUGGCGGUGAGAUGGGUCAGCAUCAUUGUCCUUUGACAUCGUUGUUCGGGACGUUUGAGA